AUGGCUUCGACUAUUUUCAUUACCUUCGGCGAUCGCACGGUCAUGAUAGCACGCCCUCAAACAUACCAGGACCUACUUAGAGAUACCAGAUCCCAAUACCCAAUGAUCGCGUCAGUCCAGAACCUCGUUGUUCUGUUUCAGCCGUUGCUUGCCAACGGUGAUUUACAUAACCAAUGGGUCCAGGUGGACCCAACUGCCUAUGGUGUCGUCCACGAUGGUGCUGAGCUUUUCGUCAACGUAGUUCAUCCCUUAAACAAGGAGUACAUCCUACCUCUACCCAAUCAAUCGAAUUCUAAUGGUCGAUUUCGCAAACAGAUCCGUCGCACAGACGGUCUUGGAAACCCUCUCGCCGCGGACGACGAGGGAUUGAAUGAUGAGGUGAGCACAAACAGGCCAAAAUUCUCCUCGCGCAUACAUAAGAACUCGACUCUGAGCCUCGAGCUUGAGCGGACUGGCGGAGACGCCUUCACAAGCGGCUGGGGUGGCGCGUCUGAACGAUUUCGACGCUCGAUGAAGCUUGUACCCAACAUCAGGGAUUGCAAGGAGGCGAUCGGACAGACUGUUGGACAAUCAAACUUCUACCCGGACGAGGAAGAGGAAAAGACCGCUGACCACAAGCCGGGAUUUCACCAGAACCAGAAUCCGCCCCCUGCGCCCACCGACGCCGGCUGGUACGCCGGAACAGAGACCCACGUUCCGGGAGUAGACCCAAACACCACCAACGCUCAGCACCUCGCUGGUGGUGCUGAAGAUGAAGGGCAGGGUAAGAAAACUACACACUAUCAUCCCAACCGUGCCAACCACAAGUGGCAUGCGGUUUCCACUCCUCGAGACUUCCUUGGAGCAUCGCUGGAAAGCCAUGGAUACCCAAUGCCUACGGGCCCAGACCGGGGUAGAAUUGGAGAUCAAUGGGGCUGGAAUGGAAAUCCUUCCCCUGAGGGAUGGUUAUCGGACCAUGGUGAAGGUAGAAACCUCACGUCCCGUGCCGAUGAUGUUCUGGGCUACGCGAGGAGAAUUUCGCGUUCUCCAAGCAACGCCGAAACUGAGAAAUGGGGAGGCAAUGCAGGAGGAUGGUCGCUACCUCCAGAUGAAAUGCAUGAUGCUGACCAAGAAUACUCUCGCAUAGCUGCCGAUGCCCGUACCGACGUUGUGGCAGACCGCGCCCCCUCGACCAACGGCGGGACCGACCAUGAGCCAUUGACCAACGGAAACACAACCAAUGGAAAUUACAACAUUCACCCUCAGGUUAGUCAGAAUACUCGGCACCAGGAUGAAAACAUCGGAGUUGGAGCCUGGAGCCCUACAGACCCCCAGUACGAUAGCUAUGAGCGGCUCCAAUAUCCUCGGAUGAGAGGUUACCUUACACCAGUUGCUGGUCUGCGUCCUCUUCAUGACCCUGCCCAGGUUACCUAUGGAUCUCCAAGAGCCAAGAUUCGAGGCACUACUUCCGGAUGGACAACUAUAGGCCAUAAGAGAGACAUUUGGACUAACAACCACUUUCAGGAGGAUGACGGCUACGAGGAAGCCCAGGGAUUCGCCCACGAGGCCGACCGCUCCGGCGACAACCACUCCUGGUAUGCACCACCACCAUCCAAUAACUUCAACUGGACCACUGGCCAAAGAGAAGACAAAGGAUCUUUCAAGCACCAAAUCACCAGACCUACAGUGGACAGAACUAACAAGGCUCAACAGAAGCAGAGAGUCCAAGAGACCAUGAGCUGGAGAUCAGAUUUCUGGGGUGGCCCGCCACCCAAGAGAAACAACAGAAAUAUCUUUGCACCGGAGGACUCUCCUGCAUCGAGGCACUGGUAG